CCUUGCCCGAACCCGAGGAGGGGAGAGAGAGAGAGAGAGGACUCUUCUUCUUCUUCUUCUUCGUCGAAUCCUGCUCGCCGUAGCGUGCAGCUCAGCUGAGCUCCUUCAGUUCUGUGUCGGCAAUGGCUGCCAAUUUCUGGACUUCCACUCACUACAAGCAACUUCUGGACCCGGAGGAGGUGGACGUGGUGCAUCCACUGGAUAGAGAGAGAGGCGUUACCGUCGAAGAUUUUAAGCUCGUCAAAAUGCACAUGGCCCAGUAUAUAUUGAGACUGGCUCAGCAUGUUAAAGUCAGGCAAAGGGUUAUAGCCACUGCAGUUACUUAUAUGAGACGCGUUUAUACUAGAAAGAGUAUGUCAGAGUAUGAUCCACGCCUAGUGGCUCCAGCCUGCCUUUACUUGGCAGCAAAAGCAGAAGAAAGCACUGUGCAGGCCAAAGCACUUGCAUUCUUCAUCAGAAAACUAUAUGCUGAGGAGAAGCCUCGGUACGAGCGGUACGAGAUAAAGGAUAUUCUUGAAAUGGAAAUGAAGAUAUUGGAAGCUCUCAACUAUUAUUUGGUGGUAUUCCAUCCUUACCGUUCUUUGACGCACUUGCUUCAGGACGCGGGCAUGGAUGAUAUGACCCAGUUUACUUGGGGACUUGUAAAUGAUACGUACAAGAUGGAUCUCAUUCUUGUGCAUCCUCCUCACUUGAUUGCAUUGGCUUGCAUAUACAUUGCAAGCGUAUACAAAGACAGGGACACUACCUCAUGGUUUGAAGAGCUUCGUGUUGACAUGAAUGUCGUGAAGAAUAUAGCGGUGGAGAUAUUGGAUUUCUAUGAGAACCAUAAAUUGAUCGCAGAAGACAGAGUAAAUGCUGUUUUCAACAAGUUGGCUUUGAAACCAUAAACAUUAGGUACAUGUUCACGAGGGGGCUAUGUCAAAGUAGCAAUUUGAAGACUGUAAGCCUUGCUGAUCUAUCGCUCGAGAUUGCAAUGGAUAAUGUCACGAGGCACUUACUAAAAUCCUUAGCUGCUAGACCUGACUAAGGACUCGAUGACAGUGUCAAGAGUUCAGCAGCUAGUGGAGUAUGAAAGAUCCCCAAAUUGCAAUAUUUGUCCGGGUCUAUUUGUUGUUUGAGAAACUUGGUAAUCUAAGCUUGAGCGCAUCUAGAAGAACUGAUAUCUGUAAUUGCUGUUGUUGUGCCAACACAAUCACCUGAAGAGACUUGUAUCGUCACUCUUCCCAUUAAGUAAGGGUGGAAAUUCUGAAUCA